AAUGUCUACUACUGCUGGAAGGAUUCCUCGUCCACCGGAGCAUAUUAUGCGCUAUCCAUUGCACAAUGUCGCCAAGGUUUUUGGAAAUAUGGCGCUAGCAUCUUCCUUUUUGUCUGCAAUCUCUUAUGCUUAUUUCUACGUAUUGCCUCGUCGUCAUCAAUAUCGCGUGUUUAUGCAAAAUUAUGACCCGUAUGAGGAGAUGCGACGUAUCUGUGCUUAUCCAAAGAAGUAUAUGAUCACCUGCCCUACUGUUUUGGCUGAAAAGUUGAAGGAGAAGGGCAUGGAAGUUGGAGAUUAUCCUGAACUUUCAAACAAUGCGAAUAUGAAGAUGACUACUCCAAUGGGCAAAGAAGAGAAGAAGUCCAAAUCUGUUGAAGAAUUUUCGGAAUAG